GGAUCCUUUUUUUCAGAAAGAUCCCUUCGUUUUGUGUUUCCUUCACAGCCCUGGACGGUUACCCCCGAUUUUACACACCAUGCCCACACCGCUUCCCUGUCGGCCGUAGCCGUGAACAGCAAGUAUGUGGUCACGGGGAGCAGGGAUGAGUCGAUCCAGAUCUAUGACAUGAGGAAGAAGGUGGAGCAUGGGGCGCUGCUGCAGCACAAUGGCACAAUAACUUGUCUGGAGUUCUAUGGUACUGCACAUCUACUGAGUGGGGCUGAAGAUGGACUAAUUUGUAUCUGGAACACAAAGAGAUGGGAAUGCCUGAAAUCCAUUAAGGCGCAUAAAGGACAUGUGACAUCUCUUUCUAUUCAUCCAUCCGGGAAAUUAGCUUUGUCAGUAGGAACAGAUAAAACAUUAAGAACUUGGAAUCUUGUAGAAGGACGAUCAGCCUUUAUCAAAAACUUGAAGCAAAAUGCCCACAUAAUUAAAUGGUCCCCUGAUGGAGAGAAAUAUGUGACUGUGAUAAUGAAUAAAGUGGAUAUUUACAAACUCGAUACAGCUUCAAUCACUGGCACUAUCACAAUAGAGAAAAGAAUUUCUUCCAUUAGAUUUAUUACAGAUUCUGUCCUCGCCAUAGCUGGAGAUGAUGAAAUUAUAAGGUUCUACAGCUGUGAUUCUCAAAAAUGUCUGUGUGAAUUUAAAGCUCAUGAAAACAGAAUAAAAGAUAUAUAUAGUUUUGAAAGGGAAGGACAACAUGUUAUUGUUACUGCAUCCAGUGAUGGUUACAUUAAAGUGUGGAAUCUGGAUCUUAAUAAGAUUAAAAACAUGCCAUCUUUAUUAUGUGAAGUCAGCACCAAAGCUAGGCUGACAUGCCUUGCAGUGUGGCUUGACCAAGCUUCAGAAAUGAAAGAAAAUUGUGAAAAAACUGCAACAUCAACUCAAGCAAAUGAAGAUGAGAAACCAUCCGUAGACAAAAAGAAGACAGUCUGUGGGAUGAAUAAAAGUGGCAAAUUGACAAAACAACACAGAAAAAUUGUUCCAGUUAAGCGAAAAUUGGAAGCUCCACUGCAAAAGAAGAAAAAGAAGCAGAAUAGCUCAGAAUGAAGGCGAAUGCUUUUUCUCCUGAAUAAGAAGUAAAUGCUGGUGUUGCUGGAGUUUUUACAAGGGUGUUUUUACACUUCUUGAUGGGACAAACACCUCUGAACUGAUUCUUUACCCAGAUGAAUUGGUUGAUCAUUCUGAGAAAUAGUAAAAGGGAUGGCAACUUUGCCUGAGAGAAUGAGGCUCAAAUAAACUCACAGUACGUAAUACUUAUAUUUUUAUAUUUACAACAGCAUACACUUUUUAACAGAUUAUGAAAUAGCCAACUAAAAUGAUAAAAAUAGCUACAUCUGUCUCAGUUAAAUUUUUGUGUCUCAGCUAAAUACAUAUUAAAGUUAUAUUCUUUAAUUCUUUA